AUCUUUGCCGUUCACUUCAUGUGGUGUUGAAAGCUAAUGAGAGAGAGAGCGCGCGAUGCCCCCAUCGUCGAAGGAGCAAGAUAUUCCCUCACCCCCUUCACGGGUGUCGCUUGCCGUCAUUUACCACCGGGCACCGGCUCUUCCGGCAUGUAGGAAACUGUUGCGCUAAUAAAAGCAAACUGCGGGACCAUAGAGGAGGAAAAGUGGGAGGCAACGGGAAAAGACGACAGGGGGGUGUAUAGGCUACGAAACAGUCGGUCUCUCCUCUCUAGUCUACAAAAGCAAACUGACCAUAAAUCUAAUUCCCUGUUGCGAGGGCGGGUGGAGAGAGAGAGAGACAGAGAGCGAGAGAGAGAGAGUAUACGGGAAGGAAAAAGCAAAUAGCAAAGCGAUGCCAAUUAGACCGGCAAAACCGGCCCGGAGCAGUGAAGAGCAUAGCCACUAGACUACUUCUGCGUCGUUGGUUUCAUAAGUCACAAUUUCGAAGAUAUUAUUUUCUCAGUUGGCUUCUUCAAUGCUGGUGGCACGAAUGGAAUUUUCUUAACGUCACUGACGGCCACGGCAGUUGGACUGCAUUUUAAAUCUGUGUGCUGUGUCUCGCUCUCAGCGGAUUGAACGGACGUUCCUUGAACCUGCUGAACCUGGAAUAGGGGAAUUUCAGCACCCUGGACAACGACUAGCAGUUGACGUAAACUGCUGUGACGAAGCCGGCACGUGGCAGAGGGGAGAGAGGAUGCUGCGUCUCUGGCCCAGUGUGAGAACCUCCCCCUGGGGAAGCCUGCGUUGGACCCAGUGCCCCACGGGCCGCUGAUCCCCCUUCUGUGUCUCUGUGAUUUAUGGCUACUGGGGAUCUGGCCACUGCAGACUCAUCUCUCAAGUUCACAUUCACAAAUACACACACACUGCACCACUGGACAGAGCCACACACACUGCACACCCGUGCCCAGUGCUGCUCCAUAGAGUGACUCCACCACACACUGAACAAAAUAAUCUCUCUCAGCCUCCACACUCACUGAGGGACUGAGCCACACUCACUGAGGGACUGAGCCACACUCACUGAGGGACUGAGCCACACUCACUGAGGGACUGAGCCACACUCACUGAGGGACUGAGCCACACACACUGAGGGACUGAGCCACACACACUGAGGGACUGCGCCACACUCACUGAGGGACUGCGCCACACUCACUGAGGGACUGAGCCACACACACCGAGGGACUGCGCCACACACACCGAGGGACUUCGCCACACACACCGAGGGACUGCGCCACACUCACUGAGGGACUUCGCCACACUCACUGAGGGACUUCGCCACACUCACUGAGGGACUUCGCCACACUCACUGAGGGACUUCGCCACACACACUGACGAACUGAGCCACACACACUGGGGGCUGAGCCACACACACACUGAGGGACUGAGCCACACACACUGAGGGACUGAGCCACACACACUGAGGGACUGAGCCACACACACUGAGGGACUGAGCCACACACACUGAGGGACUGAGCCACACACACACUGAGGGACUGAGCCACACACACACUGAGGGACUGCGCCACACACACUGAGGGACUGAGCCACACACACUGAGGGACUGAGCCACACACACUGAGGGACUGAGUCACACACACUGAGGGACUGAGCCACACACACUGAGGGACUGAGCCACACACACUGAGGGACUGAGCCACACACACUGAGGGACUGAGCCACACACACACUGAGGGACUGAGCCACACACACACUGAGGGACUGAGCCACACACACUGAGGGACUGCGCCACACACACUGAGGGACUGAGCCACACACACUGAGGGACUGAGCCACACACACUGAGGGACUGCGCCACACACACUGAGGGACUGAGCCACACACACUGCUUUUCUCUGCCCCAUACAACCUCCCAUUGCACCACUGUGUCCUAUACACACCUCUCUGUGUAUCCUCCACUCCCCCGGAGUGUGCAGAUUAGCAUCCCAGUAUGAGUCAUGGAUCGUCAGCCUAAGAGGCACCUGCUUUACUAGCAGAGGUGGAUCAAUGGAACUGCACUGAGUGAUGAGAUGAUGUUCCUGAAUUCGCAUGGCUUGAGAAAAAUCACCUGAUAGCAGCCGUGCAAAGACUGACCACCCCUAACUUCACUGUUUUUAAUCACUAGACUGACUCUCCCUGGACUGUCUCUCCCUGGACUGUCUCUCCCUGGACUGACACUCACUGGAGUGACUCUCACUGGACUAACUUUCCCAGAACUGACUAACUGGACUGACUCUCAAAGGACUGAGUAUGACUCACUGGCAUCCCCCAGGGAUAACCGUUAUCCCCCUUUGACAUUUACAUUUUUGACACGGCCAUGUCCCUUUCUCUGAAACCGUUCUUUUUCUAAACUCGGAAGCCGUGGACUGGAGGUGAGAGCCAGCGGGCGGUCAGCUCCUCACCAUGGUGUUGCCGCCCCCGGACAAACGCCACGUGUGCCUGACCACCAUCGUCAUCAUGACCAGCAUGGCCUUCAUGGAUGCUUACCUGGUGGAGCAGAACCAGGGGCCCAGGAAGAUUGGCGUGUGCAUCAUUGUGCUGGUUGGGGACAUCUGCUUCCUCAUCGUGCUGCGCUACGUGGCCGUGUGGGUGGGCGCAGAGGUGCGCACGGCCCGCCGCGGCUAUGCAAUGAUUCUCUGGUUCCUCUACAUCUUUGUACUGGAGAUCAAGCUCUACUUCAUCUUCCAGAACUGCAAGGCCGAUAGGAAGUCCUUGGAGACGGUGGCCCGGAAAGCCUUGACUCUGCUACUGUCUGUGUGUGUCCCGGGGCUUUACUUGGUUCUAGUGGCUCUGGACAGCAUGGAGUAUGUGAGGACCUUCAGGAAGAAGGAGGACAUGCGGGGGAGGAUCUUCUGGGUGGCUCUUGAUCUUCUGGAUCUUCUUGACAUCCAGGCCAACCUGUGGGAGCCUCAGCGGACCGGCCUGCCCAUCUGGGCCGAGGGACUGAUGUUCUUCUACUGCUACGUCCUUCUCCUCACCCUGCCCUGCGUCUCCCUCAGCGAGAUCUCCACGCAAGGGGAACACGUAUCGCUCCAGAAGAUGAUGCUCUACCCUGUCCUCAGCCUGAUCACCAUCAACGUGGUCACUAUCCUGAUCCGCGGGGUCAACAUGGUGCUGUUCCAGGACAGUAGAGUCUCCACCAUCUUCGUCGGCAAGAACGUGGUGGCGAUCGCCACGAAGGCGUCCACCUUCCUGGAGUACCGGCGUCAAGUGAAGGAGUUCCCUCAACCGCAGAACGCCAUGGCGUUGGAGCUGCAGCAGAACUCUGUGGGCCACGGACAUACACCCCACACGUCGCACUCGCAGCCUCUGGCCAACUCCACCAACCUGCCCCACGAACCCUCGCCAGGGCGACACAUGGAAACAUGACCCCCAGCACUGGACCCUCUGGACACCAGCGGAGCAUCUCCACCGUUGCCGUCAGUGACUAACUACAGUGACUAACUACAGUGACUAACUACAGUGACUAACUAAAACAGAACUUCUGGUGUGACUCGUUCUGUCUAUCCAGUCUAUCCAGGAGUUUGGUAUUAAGAGAGAUGUGGGUUUCAUGACAGGAUGCUAUUCUUCUGCCUAUCAAGCCCACUUGAACAACAGAGGAUUUAACAACUAGAGGUAUAUGUUCAGCCUCUGUCUUUCUGUCUGUCUAUUGGAGAAAUAUAAAGAUUCACCUUCUUGAUUCUGACAGGAGCGAACUGAUGUGGUUUUAUUUGUUUUUAAAUGAACAAUUUUAUUCUGCAGCUGAGUAAUGUAUGUUGUGUAACAGUAAAUUUUACAAUUUGUUCCUCUCUGAAUAUCUGUGAUUUUCUAAAACUCCUUUCGACUGUCUAUUGCGUGGCUUUUUUCUUUGUAGUCCUUAAAAAUGAGGUAUACCACUCGCCCUACAGAAGCACUAAGUUGAAGUGGAGAAAGAGAGAAUGGAGAGGAGAGGAAGGGAAGGAGAAAGGGUCAAUAAGAAGGGUGGCAGUAGAAGAGUGAAAUUCAGCCUCUGCUUUAAUUCUGCUGAGAAAGGAGCUAACUGGAGUCUGCUGCCUCGGUCAGUGUGACGCUUUACAACCAACUGGUCUGCUGCCUCGGUCAGUGUGACGCUUUACAACCAACUGGUCUGCUGCCUCGGUCAAUGUGACGUUUUACGACCACAUGGUCUGCUGCCUCGGUCAGUGUGACGUUUUACGAGCACAUGGUCUGCUGCCUCGGUCAGUGUGACAUUUUACGAACAAAUGGUCUGCUGCCCCGGUCAGUGUGACGUUUUACGACCACAUGGUCUGCUGCCUCGGUCAGUGUGACAUUUUACGACCAAAUGGUCUGCUGCCUCAGUCAGUGUGACAUUUUACGACCAAAUGGUCUGCUGCCUUGGUCAGUGUGCCGCUUUACGACCAAAUGUAUGCUAAAAGCACCAGAGCUCAGCACUAUACACUCUACUUGAGGCAGCCACCCGUGUGUGUGAUUCUGUGUGUGUGUGUGUGUGUGUGUGUGUGUGUGUGUGUGUGUGUGUGUGUGUGUGUGUGUGUGUGUGUGUGUGUGUGUGUGUGUGUGUGUGUGUGUGUGUGAUUCUCUGUGUGUGUGUGUGUGUGUGUGUGUGUGUGUGUGUGUGUGAUUCUCUGUGUGUGUGUGUGUGUGUGUGUGUGUGUGUGUGUGUGUGUGUGUGUGUGUGUGUGUGUGUGUGUGUGUGUGUGUGUGUGUGUGUGUGUGUGUGUGUGUGUGUGUGUGUGUGUGUGUGUGUGUGAUUCUCUGUGUGUGUGUGUGUGUGUGUGUGUGUGAUUCUCUGUGUGUGUGUGUGUGUGUGUGUGUGUGUGUGUGUGUGUGUGUGUGUGUGUGUGUACACGUGUGAGGGGGCAGAGGGGUGCUCGUGUGAAACUGUAUUUCAAGUUCAAGUCUUGUCACAUGCACAAGUACAGUGAAAUGCUUCACUUGCAAAUUUACCCAGCAGUGCUGUAAUCAAUAUCAAAAUAUUAUAACUAAUAAUACAUUUUUUACAAAUUAUAAUAAUUAUUAUAUAUAUAUAUAUAUGUAUGUAUAAAUAAAACAUGGGAAAUAAGAAAGGAAGCUAUAUACAGGGUCAGUGCCAAUACCAAAUGUACAAUGUGCUGGAUACUGAAGUAUUUGAGGUAGAUAUGUACAUGCAGGUGGGGUUUAGGAAAAAGCGACUGGUAGCAGCAUCCGUAAUAAUAAUAAUAAUAGUAAACAGUGGGUGUGAAAGAAACCUCAUUGUACUUUCCUCCACAAGUAAGCCUUGAAGUCAAAGAAUGCAGAGUGCAGACAGCCUCAAUGACAAACGGUAAAAUAUAAAUGUACAAUCCAACCUGAAAACUGAAAACCAUUUCUAGUUAAUUGAUGAAGUGAGUAUUAAAUUAUUAUUAUCGUUAUUACUACAUGUACAUUAUUUAUUAAAUGUGUAUGUUUUAAUAAAAAGUAUUCAAAGAA